AUCUGUAAUGGGAAGCUACUCUCAUUAACACACAAAAAUUCCAAAAAUGGCGGCAUAUCUACCGUCUUCGCUUAUGUAUCAGAUUCAGAGCCUGCAAGGGAAACCUUUACAACAGAAGUGCAUAGAAACAGAGGACCUAAUAAAACGAACAAGCACAAAGGAGUUGCGGUUGGUAUUGCCAAUUCUUCUUCAAAACAUAUUUGGUUUUGAGAAUGAGCCAGGAUGGGGACUGGAUAAAGUCUCAAAAAUACAGGACCGUGAAGCAUUCGUUCAGAUUCGACAUCUGCUUAGUCCAGAGGGGCCUCUGCUUACUUUAGUGUACAAUCUUCAGAUGGACCCAUACACCACUUAUGAGUUUCCACUUAAAUGCCUUCCUAAUCCAUCAAGACGCACAAUAGAAGAAGGAGGUGUGCCAGUGUUUUAUAUUAAUAAACUUCAGGCUCAAGGGCUGGCAGUGCCAUCUUUGCUACUCAAUUCCUUCGAGCUGUACAUGUUUCACUUUGCAUAUGCAUUGGUCAGCCCACAAUGGCAGCAGACAGGCGCAUCGUGGCCAAAUCUUUUUGACUUCUUGUAUCCAAUACUAGUUGAUGAUUACCUUGUGGCUUUCUUGCCUCUUGGCAAAUGGGUGUUUCAACCUCUACCCCAUAUGCCAGCACCAGUUAGAAGCUCUGUGAGCCAGGUUCCUGUUACAGGGCGACAGGCAUCAGGGCAUGUGUCGUUUUCUCCACCUCGCUUCCAGAGAACAAGUUUAUUUAAAUCUGGCUGCUCCUUAACUCAAAAGCAACAUGCCCAGAGCUCUCCUGUUCUCGAAAACACAGAAGCUGAAACAUGGCGAUCUGAGACCAUGCUGCAGACAUUUGUUGAGUUUUGGCUUAACCAGAACUCCCUUACUGCAGAUCUUCCAGGAUAUGUUCAAGGGAUAAUGCACCAUUGCCUGAAGUCUGAUCCAUUUAGCUACUUGUUUGAACACUUCAUGCCAUCCCCAAACCAAGUGAAGAUAGUACGUCUGCUGGUCAAGUACCUGCAUUACUUUGCCAAUAGUGCAAUGCCCAUGAUUUCCUCCCCUUACCAGCAUCAUGUGGAGAAUCCUCUUGAUAAUUUUAAACGAUCAGUUAUUCCCCAGAUUUUGCAGAAGAAAUUGUACUGGUUUCUACGUCAUGCCUUUGAUCGCUGGCCCCUUGACUGUCAUUUCAGAAUGGUGCUUGAGACAUGGCUUAGCUACAUCCAACCUUGGCGUUACACAGAUAUCAGUCACUUCAAGAACAGCAAGUCCUUGCUGCAGACAGAGCGUGAAAAACUAGAGCAGCAUAUACAUGAAAAAUGGGACCAGUUUAUUGAAGACAACCUGCUGUUCUACACUGUUCUAUUCCAGGAGUUUUUGCCUCGUGUAUACCGCAUGGACCUAACAUCUCCACAGAGUGCAUACAUGCUGUUCAGAGUCACAAAGGUCUUCAGUACACCAAAUUUGGCAAGCUUGAUUUUAAAAGCUGAAAAUGAGCUGCUGCAUGGAAUGGAAAUACCACUUAAUCGCACCGCAGAACUUGGGGGGAGCUACUUAUCAAGUAGCCACUAUCAGCCUGCUGUCUUUACAUUGCCUCCACAUCUGACUGAUAUGGAGGUUUCUGGAUUUCAUUAUCAUCCUCUCUUUUCAGACAAUAUUCGUCUUGUUAUGAAUGACAUCAUGCAGAAGAUUCUUCAAGCACAGACAGCAUUGCAAGCCUCAAUCAAAAAUGUUACUGUACAUCAGCAGUCAGGCUGUUGGUUAUGGUCUUGGCUCUUCUCUGAUGACAAGGUAGAUGGAGUUGACACAAAACGUGUUGCACUGUACCUAGAGCAUGCUGUUGGAAACAUCUGUAACAUCUUUAAGUUGCGUAAGCCUGAGGGAUUCUGUAGCUAUGAGGGAACUCACAGUUUGGCCAAUGACUCCACACUGGAUGAAGAUGAUGGCUUGCCAGAUCACGAGCUGACGGAGACUGGACCAAAGCUGACACCGUUUGGCAAAUACCAGGUCAUCAACAACUUGCGGCAUUUCCAGAACUGGCAGCUGGGUGAUCCAGAUAUGCAGCCUAUCUGUAGCUAUGAAAAUGCCGUGCUGGUCCGCUUGCUUUUUCACAUUUGCACCAUCAUCAAUAAUAAUUUUGAAAAGCAGAUCUUGCAGCUUUAUGAGCGGCCAGAUUUUCUGGGUCGUGUUGCCAAAGUCUUCCUUGCGCCACCAAUCGCCCCUUCACAGCCAAUCCAAUCUCCAGUAUCACGAGAGACAGCAAUGCGUCUGCGACGGCCACGUGUCAGCCUGCGAUUCUUGGCUGCCUACCAGAACCUGUUUUUACUGGGCAUCCUCUAUGUGAUCACUCACAUGUGGCUUGGCACUGGACCAAUAGGCUUCAUUUUCUUCCUUGGGUGUGUCUUUGCUCUGUAUGGAAUGUUGCGUGCUGCCACAAGCUACUCCAGAUAACACACAAGUCAAACUGGCAGCUCUUGAAUCUAAGGGACAUUUGUCAGCAGGAUUCUUUUUAAGAAUAUGGUGCUUAUUACCUGUUGUAUAAUUUGAAACACUUUUACAUGUGCAGUACUUGCUUUCACCAGGAAAACCUUCAGCAUUUUCAAAACUUGAACAUUGGUUUGCCCUUCUGCAUAAACAUAUUUAGUAUGUAUGUCUCUGUAACAAAGGCCAAGUGUACUGCUGCCAUUUGUAUACCUAUGUGAACUGAAUGAUGUCACUUAUUAAUUGUAUACCCACAAAAGAAUGGCUUGCUUUUAACUGAUCAAUUUAUUUUUUAAACACAUGCAUUUUCUUCUGCACAAAUGGACACUUGCAUUCUGCAAAACGGAAGCACAGAAAUUAUAGGCACACAAAAGUUCUGUGCAUCUGCCUCUGAAUCCACCUAACUGCCUUGCUUUAUUAAAAAAAAAAAAAAAAAAAAAA